AUGGGAAAGCCUCAUUUCCUAAACGCCGGGAUAAUAUUUAUCAUUAUUUUUGAGCUAGCGACUGUUGCACGGGCGUUCGGUAACAGCAAAAAUCGGUUUGUCAAUCCACCAGCGGCGGACUCAGCGGAUAACCCUGUAUGGUACCUGGGUGAGCAGAAGAUAGUUUCGUGGAUAACAGAGUUGGUGGACUAUGAAAUUGUCAUCUGGCAGGAAUAUCCUACGGGGGGCAGCGCAAUCCCUAGUGGAGUAGUGUUUUCAACGCAUAUGGCAUCCGCUCAAAAUUUUACUUGGACUGUACAGACCUACGGGCAUGAUCUAGAGUUCUCCAACGUUUUCUUUUUCUGGGCUGGACGUGAUAACGAGAAUCAAUUUACGUCGAAUUACUUCAACAUUUCAAAUGAAAAACCUCCAACCCAGACAACAACACCUACCAUUCCUAUAACAAUCACCAUCCCUGCACCAACCACCAGCCUUACUCCGACAUCCACAUCACCUCAGCCUGACAAUAAUGGCCCAGAACAGGAGAAACCAGGCUUAGCUACUUCGACGAAAAUUGGACUCGGAGUUGGACUCUCUGUGGGCGUCAUAUUCUUGGCUAUCGCAGGUUUCUUCGCUCAUAGGUUCCUUCGGGGGCAAAAGCAGAAGCAAGCGAAUGUUGUAGAGGAACCACGGAUAAGAGAAGUAAAUACGAUGUCGGAGCUUCCAAAUAAGCAUCAUUCAAGCCGAUUCACUGAGCCGGCUGAACUAGACGGCGGAGAGUUUCAUCGGAAUUAA